AUGAUCCAUGCGCAUCUGUUCGUAACCGAUGCCACUUAUCGACGUACGGCGCUGUCAACGUGCAGGGACGAUCGGCCAUUGAUUGUGCAGUUCUGUGCCAAUGAUCCGCUAACUCUGUUGUCUGCUUGUCAACUGGUCGAGGGCCUUUGCGAUGGUGUCGACUUGAACUUGGGCUCAUGCUCAAAACAGUAA